AUGGUUUAUGCUGUUAGUUUUUGUCCUUUAUCAAGAUAUGAAGAAUUCAAAAGUUUAGGGUUUGAUGAUUCCAAAAAGUUGACUCAUGAAAAAAGACUAGAUCUUGCCAAUAUCAUUCAACAAAGUCAAGAUUAUGUUGGUUGGGCUGUCAAAGUGAUCUCACCUCAAGAUAUUUCAACAAAUAUGUUCAAUCGGGUGAAUCCUGUUAAUUUGAAUCAACUUGCUCAUGAUGCUACUAUGGAACUUAUUAGUCUUGUGAUUGACAACAAAAUCAAUUUGACUGAGAUUUAUGUAGAUCCUGUGGGUCCAUCUAUCUCAUAUCAAGAAAAAUUAUGCAAAUAUUUUCCAGGCAUCUCCAUCACUGUGGAACCUAAAGCAGAUGCUCUAUAUCCUAUUGUUAGUGCUGCAAGUAUAUGUGCAAAGGUAACACGCGAUCAAAUACUCUCAGAAUGGAUUUGGAUAGAGAAAGGAUUGAAUAUUUCCAAGGCAUUUGGAUCAGGUUAUCCAUCAGAUCCCAAUACAGUUACUUGGUUAGAUGAGAAUGAAACCCCUUUUUUUGGUUUCCCUAGUAUUAUUCGAUUUAGUUGGAAAACAAUUACUCAGAGAAUGGAUAAAACAAAUGGUUGUGAAUGGUAA